CAUUAGUUCAGAAUGGAGUCACGAGUAACCUUCCCACAACCCAAAUCCCACUCACCUCCAUUGAGCCAACGCAAAUAUGGUGCACUAAUUUUUGUCAACUCUCCCGAAACGACGUUACUUUUACAACAUUUUUAUAUGUAUUGAUUAUAUCAAGAAUCUCCACCACCCGCAUAAUUCUUUAUAUUUGUCGCAUCCUUUUUAUUUUUCUUGAAAUUUGUCCUUUGGAAAUGGAAACAAACAUGUAUAAAAUGGACAAAAACAUGGUGCAGUAACCCACUUCUAUUGGCCGUUUCAAGAGACGUUACAGUUCCGUUGUUUCCUCCGUCAUUCUUAUCAUUUCCUUCACACUAAUUUUCCUGUUUCUUUUGAAUUUUCACGCACCGUAUUCACUCCGAUCUCUUUUUUACGGUGUGAGGGAUUACGGGAAAAAAAGUUGAGAAGGAUGGCAAAUAGGGUGGAUCAUGAGUACGAUUACCUGUUUAAGAUCGUUUUGAUCGGGGAUUCAGGAGUUGGGAAAUCAAAUAUUCUUUCCAGGUUCACCAGAAAUGAGUUCUGUUUGGAGUCCAAAUCCACCAUUGGAGUAGAGUUUGCCACCAGGACUCUUCAGAUAGAAGGAAAGACGGUAAAGGCCCAGAUAUGGGACACCGCAGGGCAGGAAAGAUACCGAGCUAUUACAAGUGCUUACUACAGAGGAGCUGUUGGUGCACUCCUUGUUUACGACAUAACAAAGAGACAAACCUUUGACAAUGUCCAGAGGUGGCUUCGGGAAUUGAGAGACCAUGCCGACUCUAACAUUGUCAUCCUGAUGGCUGGAAACAAAUCAGACCUGAACCAUCUCCGUGCUGUUUCGGAUCAGGAUGGUCAGACCUUGGCUGAGAAGGAAGGACUGUCGUUCCUCGAGACUUCAGCACUGGAAGCACAUAAUGUUGAAAAGGCUUUUCACACUAUUUUGACUGAAAUAUACCACAUUAUUAGCAAGAAGGCAUUGGCAGCCCAAGAAGCAGCAGCAACCACUGCACUCCCUGGUCAGGGUACUGCCAUCAACGUUAGCGAUUCAUCUGGAAACAUGAAGAGAGGCUGCUGUUCUACUUGAGUUGAGUUUCCAGUUAAGGAUAAACUUUUGUUCCUAAUUUCCCGUUUCGUUCUAUUUUUCCUUCUUCUGGGGCAAAAGGGUCUUGUAGAAUACUUUCUUAAGUCAAGUGGACGGAUAAUGAGCUUGUGAAUGUUCAAAAUGUUUAGUGUAGGCUAUAUAUAUAUGUCAUUUGGAAGUGGCUGAUACUGGUGAUGUUGGUUCACUACCAAUCAACCAUCUUCAUCUGAAAGGAUUUGGGACAAAAGAGGUGGUAUUUUCAGUGUAGUAUCUCUGUUUGGAUAUCUUCUACUUCAACUUUUCUCUGUAUCAAAUAGGAAUUUAAAUAUUUUUUUGCCUCUAUUAAUCUCCAUUUUUCUGAA